AACACGUUGUAACGUGCUGAGAGAGAGAGAGAGAGCGAGAAAGAGAGAGAGCGAGAGAGAGAGAGCGAGAGAGAGAGAGGUGAAUGGGCACGACUCACUGCGCCCUGCACUUAUCGAUAUUAUCGAUCAGUUCGAUCAUCGAUACAUUAAACCUGCAGGGGCUGCUAGCUUAGCGUGGGAGCUAAUCGGGGCUCCAGAGGCUACCACGAUGGGACGCGUGUGAAGCAGCCGCAGCUAACAGCAGCCUGGCGGAGAAAGGAACAAGGAAGCGGACGGCUAGCUGCGCUGCACCGAAGCUAACGUUGGCUAGCUGUUGGCUUAUAUUAUUUCUAAUGAACGACCGAGGAGCAUGCGACCUGAUCCGAGGAGCUGACUUGUUCGGGGAUGUCGGGCAGUAAGGCACUGGGCGGGGGGGCGAGGCGCAGGCGGACGCGGUGCCGGCGCUGCCAGGCGUGCAUGAGGACCGAGUGUGGAGAGUGUCACUUCUGUAAGGACAUGAAGAAGUUCGGAGGGCCUGGUCGGAUGAAGCAGUCCUGCCUCCUGAGACAGUGCACGGCUCCCGUGCUGCCUCACACGGCGGUGUGCUUUGCAUGUGGCGAGGCAGGGAAGGAGGACACUGUGGACUCGGAGGAGGAGAAGUUCAGCCUCUCUCUGAUGGAGUGCACCAUCUGUAAUGAAAUUAUCCACCCAAGCUGCCUGAAGAUGGGGAAAGCCGAAGGUAUCAUUAACGACGAGAUCCCAAACUGCUGGGAGUGUCCCAAAUGCCACAAGGAGGGCAAGACCAGUAAGGACCAGGCCGAUGGCUCAGGGAAGCGGCGACUGGAUAACGGGGAGGUGGGCCGUUGGAAACUCACAGAUGAGCCGCCCCCUAAAAAGAAAGCCCCUCCCUCCCUGGAGGAGGGGGGGAGGACAGCGGAGGGGGGCCACAAGAGGAAGAAGGAGAAGGAGCUGCCUCAGGACAGCGGAGCCAAGAAGAAGAUGAAAGCUGCCCAUGAGAAACGCCUGAAAAAGAAACCCAAACAGGAAGUGGUGGAGUCUAAUGGUCCCACAUCAUCAGCUGGUGGAUUUCAGGGCUCCUCCUCUUCCUCUUCGUCUUCUCAACCUGGUGGUGGGGGGGGAGCAGGGGGGGUUUCGAGUGCGGACCAGCGGACGCAUCACAGAGAGAAACUUGAACGUUUUAAGAGGAUGUGUCUGCUGGAGCGUCGGCCCGAGUCCUCCUCUUCCUCUUCUUCCAGUUCUGAGUCGGACUCCGAGUCGGACUCUGACGAUUCCCUUAGGGAGGAGCAAGGUGGAGGCUCCUCGCCAUCGUCGUCCUCCCCGGCCCCGCCUCCUCCGAUUGUCUAUGGCAACAGCAGUGGGGGCCGGGUGGAGAGGGAGAGGAGUCGUAGCGAGCGGGAGAGAGAGAGAGAGAGGGAGAGGGAGAGACGUCUGGCCGAGCUGGGCUUCAGUGCCAGUGAGGAGUCGGAGGGGGAGGGAGGGAGGGGUGAGGAGGAGGAGGAGUUGGAGGUGGGGGGGGGAGGGGGAGACAAGACACGGCGGAGAGGGGGAGGAGAUGGGGGGUUACCUCCAAGAGGACGGAAAGGAGGGCAGCUGGAUGGAGAGGACGAGGACACGCCCACAUCAGAAAGGACCAGGAAAAACUCCUCCUCCCUCCCCCCACCCUCACCCCUCUCAUCCAAUCAGAUGCCUCCAUCCUCGCAGCAUGACGGGUUCACGGGGAGGCAGCGGACCAAUGGGCAGGAGGCGCGCAACGGACGGACAAGAGGUGGGACGGGAGGGGUGAGGGAGGGAGGUGAGAAGGAGAACGCCAGCGGGAUUUUGACCAAUCACAGACAUGGGGGGGGAGGAGGGGGUGGCACCAAGGGAAGUGGGAGUCGUGGCAACAAGAUCCGUAGCAACAGCAAGAACCAGAUGUCCAGAAACAACAUUUCCUCCUCGACCAAUGGGGGAGGGGGGGCGGGCCCCGGGGGAGGCGGCUUGAUGAUGUCAACAAUGGCUGCGUCCCCCUGCUCCCAGCCAUCACGUCUCGCCCCUCGCUCUCAGAUGAUGAAGCGCAGCCCCCCGGCCGUGCCCUCGCCCCCCCGACCUGUUCAGAUGGAGAGACACCUGGUGCGCCCCCCCCCCACCUGCCCAGAGCCCAGCUGUUUGCCUCUGGACGGCGGAGUGUCGCACAUCGGGACCCGGGAUGUCUGGCUCCGAGUCUUCACCUCCCUGAGCCACCGGGAGCUCUGCGUCUGCAUGAGGGUGUGUCGCACCUGGAGCCGCUGGUGCUGCGACAAGAGGUUGUGGACUCAGAUCGACCUGAGCCAUCAGCGCUCCAUCACCCCCCCUAUGCUGAGUGGUAUCAUCCGCCGCCAGCCCGUCUCCCUCAACCUGGGAUAUACCAACAUCUCCAAGAAACAGCUGAUGUGGCUCAUCAACCGCCUGCAAGGUCUGUUGGAGCUGAACGUGUGUGGUUGUGCGUGGCCGGUGGUGUCGGCGUUGUGUCAGGCUGUGUGUCCCUGUCUGAGGCUUCUGGAUCUGAGCCGAGUGGAGGACCUGAAGGACUCGCACCUGAGAGAGCUGCUUGCCCCCCCACCUGACACCAGGACAGCUCACGGGGAGACCAGAGCAGGACGCUUCCAGAAUGUGACGGAGCUGCGAUUGGCCGGUUUGGAUCUGACGGACGCGUCGUCUCGUCUGCUGGUGCGUUACGUCCCUCACCUGGUCCGGUUAGACCUGAGUCAGUGUGGGAACAUCACAGACCAGACAGUCCUCACCCUCACCUCCCCCAUCUCCCCCCUGAGAGAGAGCCUCACCCACAUCAACCUGGCAGGUUGUGUUAAAGUGACAGAGCAGUGCGUCUCGUUGUUGCGUCGCUGCUCGUCCCUGCAGACGGUCGACCUUCGCUCCUGCUCGCUCCUCUCAUCUGAGACUGGACAGUUGCUCUCCUUCCCCUCCCACAACUCCUCCUCCUCUUCCUCUGCCACAGUCGCUUCCUCGUCCUCCUGCCCUCCUGAAGACAGAACGCUGAUGAAGAACAGUUAAAGUCCACGCCUCCUGACCGCCCGACCCCCCACCUCCUUACACUACAGACAGAGGAGGAGCAAGAGGAGGAGGAUAUAUUUUUGCGAUGACAUUGUGGGUCAUAGUAAAACAAUAGAAACUCUGAGCAUGUACAUAUUUGUUCUCUGUAUAAUUCUGGCUGUGUGUAAAUAUCUGUAGUUUACUGUAAAUGACCUUUAACCUUUGGACCCAACACACUCCAUCUAUCCUUCCUUCCGUCCACCCUGCGACCAAUCGUCACACUGAUGCCCCCCCCCCCCCCCCCCCCGACACGCCCCCACAGGAAGUGAGGGUUGUAGGUUGGGGACCAUAUCGACUUAUAGAAAAGUUGCAGCUAACAGUUUCCCUCCGCUUCCAGUGUUUGUGCUAAGCUAGGCUAUCUUCAGAUCUGGUGCAGUUAAAUGAGCGGAUGAAUCACAUUCAGACGAUCCUGAUGUGUCGCACCUCAGGUUCCUGUCAAUCAUGUCGCUAUCACGUGAUGUCACCAAGCCUCAUGCUGACAGGCGGGCGGUUCUGUCCGAGCUGCUCCGUGAGGCGAUAACCUGACUCCCCGAGUUCAGGUGGAACUGGCCAACGAGUUUAAAUGGCAUCAAUCCCAUUUUGAUUUCAAAGGAAAUUGACCAAUCGAAUGAGAGACUUGGCACGUAGCAAUGGUCCCUGACUGGCCGCUCACUGGGGAGGGCGUGGUUGAGAGGCUGCCACCAGGGGGCGCCUGUAUGCCUGUGGUGGAUGUUGUUAUGUCAGUGUUUCCUGCAGCUUCAGAAAUGAUGUACAUACGAAAGUUUAGACAAGUUUAUAGAACAAAAGUAUCAAACCUGUCGGAUGCGACACGUCGCCGAGUCAAACGCAUUUAUUCAUCAAUGUACCUCAUCACGUCCACCAUCCAAUCAGAGGCUGAGCUGCUGUGUGUGUGUGUGUGUGUGUGUGUGUGUGUGUGUGUGUGUGUGUGUGUGUGUGUGUGUGUGUGUGUGUGUGUGUGUGUGUGUGUGUGUGUGUGUGUGUGUGUGUGUGUGUGUGUGUGUGUGUGUGUGUGUGUGUGCACACAUGCAGUACGAGCAGGAGUUCAAAUCAUAAGAAGGGACUGCGCUUUAUUUCGAUUGGACCCUCCUCACCUGCGUCCCAUAGUCAACUUUCACAAGGUAAAGCAUACUCUUCCAAGCUCCGCCCACACUGACAAAUUAUAUUUUUAACGCUGUUUUGUUUCAGUCAGAAACUGAGACUUCGGUAAACGAUGACGCAGACGUUCUCUUCCUGCUUGGUUCUCAUCAGUCACAUGACUUGACUACUAGCGGUGAACACGAAGUGUCAGUAACAGUUCCUGUCAGUAGCACUUCCUGUCAGUAGCACUUCCUGUCAGUAACACUUCCUGUCGGUAGCAGUUCCACCUCGUCGUCCCUGCUCUGACUCGUCACCUUCACUGUUCCUCCUUCAGAGGAGUUUCUGUUACUAAGCAAACACCUGCUGAGGAGACAUCUACUUCCUGUUUACAUCACAUGAACAGUCAUGUGAUGUGUGUUUUCAGGUCUGUGCUGCGUCAGAGAUGAUUGCUGAUGCGUAGCUGAAACUCGGUGUGGACGUAGCCUGAAUGCUCUUGUUUCACAUUGAGGAAGGUUAGCGCCCCCGUGUGGUCAACGGAUCUGAACUUAUUCUGCACUUGUGAAAAAACGUUUUCCCUGUGCUGGGCCAGUUCCUUUAAACGGCUGGCUGGCUGGGGGGGGGGGGUCAGGUGAUGUUUGGUUCAAGGUGUUUUUCUUUGUGUGUGUGUGUGUGUGUGUGUGUGUGUGUGUGUGUGUGUGUGUGUGUGCGUUUGAAUCUGAGCCUCUACGUCUUCAACAUUCGCCUCAAUUGUUCAUGUUUGUUCUUUGUUUACAUCAGCUCUGUUUCCUCCGAUCAGAUUCUUCAUCAUUGAUUUGGUGAUUGAUUGUUUUUUCUCAGGAGUUUUUUUUUCUUCUUCACGUCAGGUUUUAUUUAUUUUCGUGCCACGUCAGCUUCCAUCCUGCUGAGUCUGAACUUUGUUUCACGGUCGUCACUCGUAAAGAAUUUUUCGCCAUCUGUUUUCUACUUGAUGACAUCACUUCCUGUUUCGCUGCAAUCUUCAGGUUGUGUUUAUCUGUGGAAGGCGAUUCUGCCAGGUAAAAAAACAACAAACAAAAUCGAAUUAUUGUUGUGAUGCUUUAAAGUAUGAAAAGGGGGAGAAACAGGAAUUCAGAUGUUUCAUAGACGCCCGGAUGUUUGUGGCGCGAUGGAAACUGAGUCAUGGUGAUCACGGCUGUUUAAAUGUGACGGCGUCAUGGGCUACAGUCACCAACUAAACAAUAGUCUCCCUCUGCUGGCCAACAUAAUAGUUAGCUGAGGCUACGUUAGCCUCGUUGUUGCACCACCUCCGCUGCUCUGUCAUCAGACCGAAACUCAACAAAACAUUAAGAUGAAUUAUAUUGAGUGAUCAAAUGGGAAAAUGGAAGCUAUUUUGAGACCUGUGUUGCUAGUGUAUUAGCAGUUCUGGCUAACAAGCUAACAUGCAAACAACACAGAUUGUUACCAGGCCUGAGAUGAUCGGUUGAUCAAUUGUUUUGUAAACAAAGUGAAAUUGAAUCGAUGACCACUUUGAUAAUUGAUCAACUGUUAAUGUGUUUAUUCCAAAAACUUUUUGGGAUGCUGUUGUCAGUUGAUUUAGUUUAUUCUGCUCUGUUUAAAGUAAAAGCUUCACACUGUCAGUAGUUAUUGUUCAUUUUAUAAUGGUCAUCAAAGAUCACGGAACACAGGGACCCCUGGUGGUCAUCUGCAAAAUAACCUCCAUAGAUAAGAGACUCCCACAAUCUGUCGUCUGAUUCGGGGAUGUGGGACUUUCACAUGGGGGGAGCACAGGGCCUGUGGCGGUUCCAUGUCGCCCUGAGGUCGAACAUGGUAAAGAAGCAGCAGGUCGGUGUUGACGUGGGACGUAGUCCAUGAAUCGACCGUGUCGACGCCAUGUUGUGCCAUAAACUCACCAGAUCCACUUGUCACAGUGUAAACCUGUAAAUGGGUCAGUUUUUAUUUUUGUAUUCUGUUGUGAUUUAUUUUUUUACUGUAAUGUUUCGCUCUGUCCCGCCGAUGAUGCUUCACGUUUCACCUAGCAACAAGUGAGGAGAUCAAAUCGGAUUGGACAAUAAUCUCUGACUCCUGAAAGCUCUUAUCCAAUCAGAUGUCUGACAUAUCUUAGUAAAAAGUGAGUGGGUGUUUUAAAGAUGCACUGGAUCAUCAUCACGGUUUGCCAAAUGUACUUUUUGUUGUGAAAAUGGGCAUAUUAACGUUUGUUACUUUGUUUUGUUCCUUUUUCUUCUUUGUCUCGAUUCUUCUGUUGUUGAUGAAAAAAUGAAGAAGUUGAACAAAAAGUAAAAAGAGACAAAAAGAGAAACUCAAGGCAGCUACGUACGAGAGACUACUGUAAAACCACCGACCAAUAAAGAAGCAAUGGUUUGUUUUUA